AUGGCGCCUGAGUUGGUCUAUCUGCCUCCUCCGGGCCUCGAAACCAACCUCGACAUCCUUCGCAAGCGAAUAAACACAGAGUUUGGUCUGUCCCUGCAAAAUUAUCAUGACCUCCACCAGUUUUCGGUGGACCGGCCCAACGACUUCUGGAUGACGUUGUGGAGGUUCAUGGGAGUCAAGGCUUCUGUACACCCAACCAAGGCUGUCGACGAGUCACUCCGGAUCGACCAGUUUCCGCAAUUCUUUGAAGAUGCCCGUCUCAAUUACGCGGAGAACCUGCUCUGCAGGACAGAUGACGGUGUGGCGAUCCGGUAUCUACACGAGCAGAACCUGGAUUCACCGCGGGAGGUGACGUGGAAGGAACUCAACGAGACUGUUCGGCAGUUCUCAGACGCGAUGAGAGCGUCGAAUAUCUCGACGGGAGACGUUGUGUGCAUCAUUGGGGGAAGCUCGCCGCAGUCUCUUGCACUCUUCCUGGCUACAGCGUCCGUUGGAGCCAUCGUCUCAGCCUUUGCCACGGACGCGGGGGAGAGAGUGCUGCUUGAUCGAAUGGGCCAGGUGUGCCCGAGGAUCGUGUUCGCAGAGUCUUCGUACCAGUACAACGGCAAGAAACACGAUAUUUCCGGCAGGAUUGCAAAAGUGUUCAACUCCAUCAAGAAAUCAUCAGACGCAGAGGUCGUCUGCAUUGCUGGAACCGUACCACGGGGAUGGACUCCCGUGCAAGACUUUCGGCGGCGCGGGACUGGCAGGCCGCUUCACUUCGACCAAGUACCCUUCAACCACCCUCUGAUGAUCGCCUUCUCUUCAGGCACUACCGGCACGCCGAAAGGCAUCGUCCACUCACACGGCGGCCUGGUGGUGAAUGGGAAAAAGGAGAGUCUACUCCACAAAAACUUUGGUCCAGAUGAUGUCCACUACCACUAUGCAGGCAUCGGCUGGAUCCUAUGGAACAUUAUGAUCUCAGCCAUGUUCUGCGGCACGACUGUCGUCCUCUACGACGGAUCUCCGUUCUACCCAACCCCCGAGAAACAGCUAGCAGCAGUGCUGGGAGCCGGGGUAACAGCCUGGGGUGCCGGCCCGCGAUACUUCUCAGAGCUCCAAAAGGCCGGCGUCAACCCCAAACCAUACGCCAAAAACCUCAAGUGCAUCUUGUCCGCGGGCGCCAUCUUGACAGAAUCCCAGUCCAAGUGGCUGAUGGAGGCCUUUGGCCCUGUGUGUCAAAUGUCCUUUUCCGGCGGGACGGAACUCUGCGGGAACUUCCUCGCAGGCCAUAUCGGCAUGCCGGGCUACGCGGGUGAGAUGACAGUCAAGGAGCUCGGAGCAGACAUCGACGUGUUCACAGCUGACGGCAAGCCCACGAGACCGGGCGAGAGCGGAGAACUCGUGUGUAAGAAGCCGUUCCCCAACAUGCCGGUCAAGUUCUGGAACGACCCGGGCAAGAAGAGAUAUUUCGACUCAUACUUCUCCACCUUCCCUGGUGUGUGGAGGCACGGGGACUUCACCAGGAUGAAUCCAGAAACCAAGGGAUGGGUGAUCCUGGGUCGCAGCGACGGCGUAUUGAACCCGUCCGGAGUGCGCUUCGGUAGCGGGGAGAUAUAUUCCAUCAUCGACCAGAAGUUCCGGGACCGGGUGACCGAUUCAAUCUGUGUGGGCCAGCAGAGACCAUGGGACGAGAGCGAACGGGUAUUCUUGUUCCUGAAAGCCGCCAAAGGGUCGAAUACUGUGUCGUUGGAGAGAGAAAUCCGUGCUCAGAUUGCCAGGGACCUGAGUCGUCGUCACGUCCCGCAAUUCGUGUUCUGGGUCAAGGAGAUCCCCUACAAUGCCAACAACAAGAAGCUGGAGAUUCCGUUGAAGAAGGUCCUUUCUGAAGGAAGCGCAGGGAUCGCAAAGUUGACGUGCCCGGCAGAGGAAAAGGCUGUUCUGGCACAGUAUCUGCCGUUUUACGAGGUUGAGAAGUUGCUUGGUACGGAGACGGCCCGGCUGAGUGCUAGACUGUAG